CACGUCUGCCCUUCACUGCAAACAUCAACUUCUCCCCCUUUCCUCCAACAUUGAGCUACACAGCACCCCUCAUCUCACUUUAGCAGCGGACAAACUCCGGAUCCGCCAGCAUGGUCAAGCGGCGAAAGCUGCAGCAGGGUCGGCCGGCAAAGGGGAGAGCGGCCUACAAGGGAGGCAAAGGAGCCCCGAACCCGCAUGCUGCCGGACAUCGUCAGAAGGGUCCGGGUCCGGGUUCGAGUCCGGGUCCCGGCCACUCUGCGACGGGAGGGCCGAAACCCAAGGGCAAAAAGCAGCCGCCUCAGCAGCAGCACCAGUCACCUGUGAUACCGUUCUCCCCAGACGAGUCCAUAUUACUGGUCGGUGAGGGUGACCUCAGUUUCGCCAGGUCUCUGGUCGAGCACCACGGCUGCACAAACCUCACAGCCACCGUGCUGGAGAAGGACCUGGCAGAGCUCGUCGAGAAGUAUCCUCACGUGGCUGAGAACGUCGAGGCUGUCGAGUCUUCCAGUGGCCGGAACACGGUCGUAUUUGGCGUGGAUGCACGUAAAAUGGGCCCGUUUUUUGAAAAGCCACCACCACGGGAUGAACUAGAUGAAUGGGAUGAGAAGGAGGAGGAUGGUGAGAAAAGAGAGCAGCAGCAGAAACAGAAGCAGCGGCCGCCAAACAAACGCAAGGCCGGCGGCCCGGCGCUCAAGGAUCGAAUCCUGUUCAACUUCCCACACGUGGGCGGCAAGAGCACCGACGUCAACCGCCAGGUGCGCUACAACCAGGAGCUGCUGGUCGACUUCUUCAAGCGCGCCAACUGCUGCCUCUCCCCCGGCGGCUCCAUCGUCGUCACCCUGUUCGAGGGGGAGCCCUACACCCUGUGGAACGUCCGCGACCUCGCCCGUCACUCGGGCCUGCAGGUCGAGCGCAGCUUCGCCUUCCGCGCCGACGCCUACCCGGGCUACCACCAUGCCCGGACCCUGGGUGUCGUGAGGAGCAAGAGCGGCGAGCUCGGCGGCGGCUGGAAGGGCGAGGAGAGGGCCGCCCGGAGCUACAUCUUUUACCGCAAGGAUGAGGUCCCCAAGCCCGUCGCCAGGAAAAGGAAGCACUCGAACUUGUCGGACGAUUCGGACGGAUGGGAAGAGGACUCGAAUGAUGGCGCCUGACUUCGUUUGAACUGUGGGGGAAAGUGAGCGGAUGCCCGCUGUUCGUCCAAAGUUGUGUUUGUUGAUGUGCGUUGGUUUCUGGCACCUCAAUCAAAAUACGACCAACGUUUGUUGUGCUUCGUCCGGUUUAGCUGUCUGUGAAAAGCUGCCGACAUGGCACGAAAGCCAGAUCACUGCAACCUCCAGCAGAGUGCACUGAUAUGAUUGAUAGCAGACUUUAAUAGGGGGGGGGGGGGGGGGGUUGAGAAAGAAUCCAGAUUGACUGGGGGAACAUACAGUCAGUCGCGAGGG